GAAACCAACACACCAGGUAUAUAUACAUCUAUUUUUUUUACAUUUCUAAAUGUCACAUGAAGCUCUGAAAAUAUCAUUACAACGGGUUUUAUAAAUAACCCCACCCCCCACCUCUACCGCCACUACCUCAAUGGGGUCUUUGUAACAGAGGGACAAGCGAUGCAGUUUAGAGGGAGAGAGAUAGAGAGCGUCAGACAGGAUGUGUCUCUGUCAGAGCUGCUGCUGGAGUUCACUUUCCUCUUACAAAUUAUUAUUCAGGAUCAUCAGCUGAUAACUAACCAAUCAUCAGACCUCAAUAAACACAGGACUCCAACACCUGCAUGUGGACGGUAAGACUGUUUGUUUAACUUUUAGGGUUAGGUUUGGUGAGGAGUUAGGGUUAGCAAACCAAAUUCCAGCGAAAUAAUCACUGAUUGUAGCCAUGCAUGUUUCAGAAUGUGUAACUGAAGCAGCUUUAACAGGCUCAACUGGAGGUUUAGCAUCAAAUUACGUGUGUGUAAAAUCUUCUGAUGACGAUGUAUGAAUUGUCACAUUCAGGGCGGAGAGUUGUAGGAUUCAGAAAGUACGACUUCUCAAAGCUUCUGAGGGAUAAUGAAUAGAAUAUUUAUGACCUGUGACAGUUUUCUAAAAAUGAGAUGAUUCAUCUGAUAUGGUUUUGAUUCAUAAUUUACGAUUUAAAUAUAUUGUAAUUUACUUACUUUUUAGAUGGAAAUAUCUCCUCUCCCUCUAAUCCCUCUGAUUGGAUCAAAGAGAUUCUGCAAUAUAUCAAGCUGGAGACUAUCGGACACUGUCCUUAAGGGUCCGUCCUGACAUUUCACACAACCUGGCAGCCUUUUCAGACAUGUGUUGAAUAGAUGAAUCAGAGCCUGUCGUCCAAUGAUUCUGUGUGUCGGUAGAUAACAGUGUAGGACAACUGAUGCUAACUUUGCGUGGCAUGUCUGUUGGGUGGGUAUAAUAUGGUACUAUGUUUUGUAUGUUUUUGUACAAGGUGAAAACCAGGAAUGAAGACACAUUGAUUCACAUGUUCUUAAAAAAGGAGGCCAUUUUAAUGCUUUUAAUGAUUAUAAAGAAUAAAGAUUCAAGUCCUGAAUUAAAAACAUAUGACUCAAAAACAAGGUUGUAAGCAGCAUAAUAUUCAAAACCAUUAUUGUUAUUCUUGUUAUUAGUUUUUUUUUGUCUGUGUCUCUGAAAGGAUCAACAUUUCUUCAUCACCUCUUCCUACAACAAAUCAGGCCAGUUUCAAUCGUCAAGUUGGACAGUCUUACAUUUUGUCUGACAUUUGUCUCUUAACUGGAAAUUUUGACUUCUCUUUAUUUUAUGAUAUGUUUUUUUUCUUUUUUAGAUACUCUGAUGUGUCUUUAUUGGACAGUCUGAUGACUCGUUAUUGGACAGUCUGAUGUCUCAUUGUUGGACAGUCUGUUGUCUCUUUAUUUGACAGUCUGAUGUCUCUUCAUUGGACAGUCUGAUGUCUCGUUAUUGGACAGUCUGAUGUCUCUUCAUUGGACAGUCUGUUGUCUCUUUAUUGGACAGUCUGAUGACUCGUUAUUGGACAGUCUGAUGUCUCAUUAUUGGACAGUCUGUUGUCUCUUUAUUGGACAGUCUGAUGUCUCUUCAUUGGGUAGUCUGAUGUCUCUUUAUUGGACAGUCUGUUGUCUCUUUAUUGGACAGUCUGAUGUCUAUGUAUUGGACAGUCUUUUGUCUCUUUAUUGGACAGUCUGUUGUCUCUUUAUUGGACAGUCUGAUGUCUCUUUAUUGGACAGUCUGAUGUGUUUCUAUUGGACAGUCUGUAGUCUCUUUAUUGGACAGUCUGAUGUCUCUUUAUUGGACAGUCUGUUGUCUCUUUAUUGGACAGUCUGAUGUCUCUUUAUUGGACAGCCUGUAGUCUAUUUAUUGGACAGUCUGAUGUCUCUUUAUUGGACUGCCUGUAGUCUCUUUAUUGGACAGAUUUUUUGUAGGCGCUUUGUUUUACAUCUCUUUGUUGGACAGUUGGACAUCUUCUAGUUGUAGUGUGUCUACUCAGAGAUGAAAAGCCACUUUCUUCAGAGCGCGCUCAUUGUGUAUUUCCUGUUGCUGUGGGAGGAGUCAGGCUGUAAGGCAUUGUCACUGAAGCCCUUCCUCCUGCAUAAGAUAUCAGGAGAAAGGGGAGGUGAUGUGGGAGGAGCACGAGGUGCUGAAGGACAAGUAAGAGGAAUCAACUCCCCCCACAGGAGGAAAAGAAGCUGGGUGUGGAACCAGUUCUUCAUCCUGGAGGAGUAUACUGGAGAUGAGCCGCUGUACGUUGGAAAGCUCCACUCGGAUGUGGAUAAAGGGGACGGUCAGGUGAGGUACUUCCUGAGUGGUGAAGGAGCAAUGUCCAUCUUCACCAUUGAUGAAAACACUGGGGAUAUUCACGCCACCAAGAGGCUGGAUCGGGAACAGCAAGAAUACUUCACCUUGAGAGCUCAGGCCAGAGACAGAAACACCAACCUGCUGGUUGAACCCGAGUCUCUGUUCAUCAUCAAAGUCCAGGACAUCAAUGACAACGAGCCAAAGUUCCUGGACGGACCGUACACAGCCAGGGUACCGGAGAGGUGUCCUGUAGGUACGUCUGUGAUGACAGUUGUGGCGACAGACGAUGACGAUCCAACUUAUGGAAACUCUGCCGGAUUAGUUUACAGCCUCCUGCAAGGUCAGCCAUUCUUCUCUGUGGAGCCAAAGACCGGUGUGGUGCGGACGGCUCUUCCUGACAUGGAUCGGGAGAUACGUGACAACUACCUACUGGUCGUCCAGGCCAAGGACAUGAUUGGUCAGAUGGGGGGUCUGUCAGGCACUACUUCUGUCACUGUGAUGCUGACUGAUGUCAACGACAACCCGCCUCAUUUCCCCCGCAAGAGUUACCAGUUCAGUGUUCCAGAGUCUGCCAUGGUUUUCACAGUGGUUGCUAAGAUCAAAGCUCUGGAUCUGGAUAUUGGUCUAAACUCUGAGAUGGACUACCGAGUUCUGGAUGGAGAUGGACUGGGAACCUUCCGGGUCAUCACUGACCCAAAUACACAGGAAGGCCUGGUGACUCUACAAAAGGCUCUGGAUUUUGAGGCCAAAUCGAGCUACUUGUUGCGUGUGGAGGCGUCCAAUCACUUUCUGGAUGCUCGUUUCCUGUCCAUUGGUCCUUUCAGAGAUGUGGCUGUGCUCCGUCUGCUGGUGGAGAACGUGGACGAGCCUCCAGUCUUCUCUUCAUCCAUUAGUCGAAUGGUGGUCUCUGAAGCAGCUGCAGUGGGAGCUGAGGUGGGGUCAGUUUCAGCUCGAGACCCAGACAACAUCAACAGUCCUAUCAGGUACUCUAUAGACAGAAAGUCCGAUGUGGAGUGUUACUUUAACAUUGAUAGCGUUUCAGGAGUGAUUAGCACAGCCAGGCCUUUGGACAGAGAGAUCAAUGCUGUGCACAACAUCAGCGUCCUGGCCACCGAGAUCUUGGAUCUGUCUCAGGUGGGGAAAUCUGUGGUUCUUAUAUCUGUGACGGACAUUAACGAUAACGCUCCCAGCUUGGCUAACGACUACAAAACAUUUGUAUGUGAGAAUGCAGAACCUGGACAGGUAAACAACACCUGUUUGUUUGAACUGCUGUGUUUAUAACUAAUAUGUUUUACUCUGAAAGAAUAAUCAGAUCAAUAGAGAGGGAGAGAACAGAACAGAGAGAGUGAGAGAUGGAGGUACAACAAAUGGUCGAGGACGGGAAUGUAUGAGGGGCCGUAUAGGCCAAAAUUCACAUUUUACCUCUCACAUACACACAAACACCUCUCACAUACACACAAACACCCCUCACAUACA